AUGAGCGAGGGAGGGAGAAGGUGGACCGCGUCUCGAUCUGUAAUCGCAUCGCCCAAUCAGCCAGCGCAAAGUCCCGACCUCAACUGCCUGGAUUUAGGGCUGUUCGCCAGCAUUCAGUCUGUGCAGUCGCGCACAACAUCUUGCACAAUUCAAGACAUAAUCCAGGAGGUUGAGCAUGCGUGCGAAAUCAUGACUGCAGAAACGCUGAACAAGACAUUCUUGACGCUACCGCUGGUCAUGAAGGAGAUCAUGAAUUGUGAAGGCCGCAACGACUACAAAUUGGCUCACUUUCACAAAGAUAAGCUGAUCCGAGCUGGAAAACUUCCAGCAUCGUUGCAGUGCGAUACUACAAGUUUCGGCCUUGCGCAGCAAUCUAUCCUGGCGCUCGCAGUUGCUUCGUGGAUCGAUCCGCCACUUCCGCAAGCUUCUACUCAGCCUUCUCCGCGCUCUCCCCCGCUCUCCCCGCCAUCACCUACACAUUUUGACCCAUUUCUAUACUUUUAA